AUGUCGUCGCGGGACAUGUCGCAUCCCUCGCAGCCCUACGAGCAGGCAAGGCGACGGUCUCUGGGCAGCAAUGACAGUUCUCCUGUCCAUCCUGCCUCAGGGCAGGUUGACCACCCCAGCGUUCAGCAACCGCCUCCACCCCCUUCGUCCUACAAUAGUCGCCAGAUGCCUCCUCCAUCUCCUCCCCAGCACUACCACUCGCGUGGAGGCCCCAUUCCAGCCGCCCCUCCUCCCCAACCGCCCUCCUUCGCUCCACGUGAACCCCCCCAACCAUCCGCACACCGCCCGGGUAGCAGCAUGUCGAUAUCGUCAAUGUUAGGGACUGAUUCAGAUCGCCCAACUCGGGAUAGCGGCCCUUCCUCCCUCUAUGGCCGAUCCGCCAUAUCUUCUAUUCCAUCCGGCUCACAUGGACCGCCACAGGGAGCAAUGUCGCCCCCAUCCGCCACUUCAAGACAACCACAGCCAUCCUCUGAUUUCCCUCCCUUGAGACGUUCUCACACUCCAGAGAGGGCUCUAUUUUCAAAACCGCAACCCCCUCGCCCGUACCGCUCGAGCUCGGGAAGCGCGCCACAAAGCCAACCCCACCCUCCUGAUGAUACCUUGCGUUUUGGGGGCGUUCCUCGGUCCCUUGGCACGGCCUCGGUAUACGGAGACAAGCCACAUACAACCCAAACAGGCCCCUCUGGGCACUUUGCGAUGUCCUCGUAUAACAACGGCCGGCGUGGUAGCAUAAAUGGACCGAUCCAACGGCCUAGCAGCCAGCCGCACCAAGAAGAGCCUGCAUCGAGGAGACCCUUAUUCAGCCCUGGGCCAAGACCAUCAGGUCCCAACUUUGGAGAAAGCCCAACAGAAGCUGGAUCACAACGUGCAGCACCUGGAUAUCCAGGGUCAGAAACAGCGUCUCAUGCGCAACAAAGAUAUGGUAUUCAGCACCAAGAACGGCUUGGCCCUACAGAUCCGGGGGCCCGUGAACAAGAACACAACACCAGAUUACCUCAGGACAUGCAACAGCAACAGGCACGAUUCGGACCGCAUUUUGGAGAACGGGAACCGGAGGGGCCCCCGCGGCGCACGUGGGAUUCAGGCGGAAUCCAACGCUUGUCUCCUGAAACAGCUCGACAUCCCGUUAGCAACGAAUUCGGCGGUCUGCAGAGCUACGCAAAAUCUCAUGAAUCGCAGUUGUCCGGGCCUCGAUCAACGCCUGGGUCGCAUUUGCAACAUCACCAACAACGGCCUGAGCCUUUGCAACAUAAUGAUUCAGUGGGAGGCUCAAACCUGGGCAAGUUUCAACAACCUUCGCGCAUUUUCUCUCCAACUCCUGGAUCAAGCUCCCAACGACCUUUCGGUGGCAUGGGCGAAGACCAGAAACGUAAGGACAGUGACGAACCCUUUCAACACCGUAGUCUCCUUAACAUUAACGCGGAGAAUAAGCGAGAAGGAAGGUCGUCACCACUUCCCCAAGCGGUUCAAGGUGCACAGGCUCAGAUAAUCGGUCCAGCUGAAGAGGCCGGUAUCAAGAGCGAACUUGGCCGUGUAUUUUCCGGAAUUGGGAGUGGUGUCGGUGUUUCUGCUGCUGGACAUCCGGGAAGUGGACCCCCCACACCUAUGACCUCGAGCCCCUUUAAGCGGGAUGCUAUAGUUGCACGUUCAACUGGGGGAGAGAUGAAAGAGCCCGCGGCGAAACCAGCCCGAGCUAGCGUUUCUGGACCUCCACGACGUGGUCGAAAACCCAAAGACGAUGAUGCAAAAGGUGAGGGCGAAAGCAGUGUUGGACCCUGGGGUGGAGGGACGACCCGUGGUCGAAGGCCGAGACAUGUCCACCAUCACCAUCACCAUGGCCAUCAUCACCAUCACAGACAUAAGCCAGACGAUGAGGCUCCAGGAUCUAUUGCCGUACAAAACACCAUUCCGCCGACUGGCGUGGCCAAUUUUCAGCGAUCACCUAUUCUCCCUGAAAGUGGUGUUGUUUCCUCCCCCAAUGUUGGUCCACAUCACCACCAUCAUCACCAUCACCACCACCAUCACCACGUGCCACGGCCCACCAAUGGUGGUGUCCCGCCCUCCACUUCAACCCCUGCCGCCCCCAUACGCGAAUACAGUACAGUUGUCAAUCUGCAACCGCUUCUACGAAGUGUUGCACAUCGUCCCAGGUAUCAUCUCGGUUCGACGCUGUACGCCCCCAAGAUCGGAAUACCUACAUCCAGGGCAUCCCCAGAAAGUUCAAAAUUUGGAUACGUGAGUACACCAGUCCCUAUUCCGCGGUUUGAAGGCAAGGAGAAUUGCACGUAUACGAUACGCGUCCCACGGUUCCGCAUCGACGCAAGCCACCGAGAAGAGAUCUGCGCGCGACGAGCGCUCUGGGGCACAGGUGUGUAUACAGAUGACUCUGAUCCCGUGGCAGCAGCAAUACAUUCUGGAUUUAUCCGCGGCGAAUGGGGAGAGGAUGUGGACGUGUCCCUGCUAGACCUGGAGAUCAAGGAGGAACAUCAACAUGCACCCAAUGGCAAGAACAGCACCGCCUCUACAUUUCACAAAGUCUCUUCCCUGGAUGAAUCGCCAACCAAAGGCCCCACAACUGCUACUCCCAAACCCGUCGACGAAGUCGAACCAACAGCGAACCCCACCGCCAAAUCCAAAUCCAAACCCAAACCCAGAACCCCACCUCUCCCACCCCCCAACAAGGAUCUCCACAUCACCCUCUUAAUCCUACCCACCCUCGAGCGCUACGACUCAACCGUGAUGUACGGCCUCAAGUCGCGCGCGUGGGGAGAUAACCAUGACGGGAUGAGUUUCAAAGUUGAACGGAUUGACUGGGUGGAUGAGGGGGGCUCGAAGGGGGAGGAGCGCGGUGGUGAAGCAAGAAGGAAGCGGCUGAGGAACAUGAUGCGGUCCGGGAGGAUCUGUACGCCAGAUGGGUUGAAGGGAAGGGGUGGAGUGGAGUUGCGGAAUGGGACGAAGGUUGGGGGGUUGGGCAUGGGAGUGGGAGUGGGAGCGGGAGUGGGCAUGGGCAUGGAAGGGGGAGAAGGGGGAAGAGGAUCUACUGCUGUAGAGCCUGUGUCGUGA